AUGUCUGAUCUGGCAGAGAGCAUUGCGACGGAUGCCGCGGCGACAAAGGAGAAGGAUGGAUCCACUACCCAGUCCGGCGAGCCUGACGAGCCAGUAGAAGAUCGACCUCACGAGCGGUACACCGAAGGCGAUUGCGUUCUGAUCUCGAGUGACCGUGUCAUCUUCAAGAUACAAAUUUAUCAUGUGCAGUCGGCCAGCACCGUCUUACGAGAGGCAAUGACACAAGAUCCAGAAGCUCCCGAAACGUAUCACAUCGAGUUUGAUGACAAGAACAAUGAAACGGCUGAUAUCGUCACACUCUUCCUCGACCACAUUACGGGCUAUCUUGCCAGUUCUCAUGGUGCAGACGUCGACAAAGCCCGCAAGAGCCUCAAAUUUGCUAGAAAGUGGGACAGCCCUAACUUCAGUCAAAGGGUGCUCUCCAGCCUUGCCAUCCGCAUGUACCACGAUGGCAAAAUCCACCCAUAUGACAUCUUUUUGAUUGGAGCCGAGUUUUAUAGUAGUCUUCUGUGCGCAGCAGCUAUCAGGAGAGGUGGGACGUGGGGGUGGGUAUCGCCCGAGGAGGGUAGUAUCGGUCAAAAAUGGGCGGGAGGAGACCGAACUGGGCGAAGCAGCAUGAUUCCGACAUUCUGGCACUGCACAGAUUUCUUGAUCAACCCGCGAUACACAUGGGCCUUGAUCAUGGCUACACAGAAAUGGCAGGGAACAGGAUCUCCCACAGUGCCCACGGACGCUGAAUGGGCGCAGAUGCAGGAAUUGACCAAACGGCAGAUUAGGAUCCACCUAGAUUGGUCCUCGUACCGAAAUGCAGUCAUCGAUUCACGUCUCUUGCCACCUCAAGAGUGUUAUGUAACUAUGUCAAUACCUGGAAAACAGAAACCGAAUUCCACGCUCGUGCCUCCAAUGCCUUUGCAACGACAACCUUAUACGAUGUUCGGGGAAGUAGGGAACGUUUGCGGGACCGAUCCUCACGCACUGCUCUAUCUAUGUGGUGCUGCCCUCACAGCGGACUACAGAAAUUGGACAGGUCGAAGAGGGAGGGGAGCAAGGGUAGCAAGGGUAGCAAGAGGGGAAACCAAGUUGUACCUGAUAAUCCCAUAUCAUCAGCAAAAUUCUUCAAGGUGUGACGAAUGGACACAAAAGAAGAAACAUGGUGUGAUCAUGCGUGCAACUUCGGAGCUUGAGCAAACUGCUGAACCUCGCGAAGAAAUCGCUUACCCGGCUGCCUCCCUCGACAAGAACGCCAGUGUCAACCCAUGUCUCGAAUACGAAGAGACGAUGUUCAAUCACCGAUCAGCCUCCACUUCGCUAUACACUCAAGAGACCAAUGAGAAGGCAUAUGAUGUUGUUGAUAUGACAACCACCCCAACCACCAACCAAAGGCUUUCCAACAUGAGAUCGAGCCUAUCGAGGACCGCCCGUGACCUAUCAGACGCCUGUAAAUCUGCAGCUCAAGCAACAACCGAGAAAAUGUCAAACGUCUCGAGGAAUGCUGUAUAUGGUGUAGUUGAAUGCUGCACGUCGGAUGGAUGUGGUACUGUGGUUAUCACUACACCAGCAGUCAUUGUAGCCGGGGGUCUUCUGACAGGGAUCGGUAAGAUAAGUGUUGUAUAUGUUAGUCCAGUGACGUCGAUCAGUGACUUGGGCCAAGAGUGUGCUGAGUGGACCGGGACAUGUGUCCAACAAGAAGAAGAAGGAGGAGGAGGAGAAGAAGAAGGAGAAGAAGAAGAAGAAGGGGGAGGGUUUGGGUGGCCAAUCCAGAAGAGGGUGCGGGAGGAACUCGUCGGAGUACGGACGACGCGGAGUAUCCUCCCGGCUCACCAAGCAGUGCAGGGUGGAGACGCUAUCUAUGUGGGUAAUACUGCCACACAGUUGAGAGGGAGUCAUGGCUUUUGGGGCUGA